UCUGUUUUCGUAAAAACCGUUAGCUACGAAAUGCCACGGUGUGGAUGAUUUUAUGACAGCUUAUAAUUCUAUAUACAAAAAAAAUAAUUACUGAAAGAUAGUUUUUAGUUGCCUUGUUUCGAAAUAUUUCGUCUGAGGGCUUCAAAUGGUGUCAAGACUGAUGACCGCCGAAGCGUAGUGUUGUGCCUUGUGGCUUCGCUAGCGAAGCUCGCGCUAACGACAAUAAAAUCGUGGACUGCUGUAAAAUUUGGUUUCUUUAAUUUUUGUUGUUUGGGAAACCUAGAAAACGAGGAUAAUUCAAGCUUUUAAAUGGACAGUAAUUCUGAUUGGGACAGUUUGAGUGGGGAUGAAGAGUUGGAGCCCCCAUCUGUCAGUGUAAAUGUUGAAUCUUCAAGGCAGAUAAAACAGCCUCCUCAUGUUGAUUCUAUAGAGCAACAUGUUUCCCCAUCACUGGCAAAAAGCCCAUUGUCAAGAACAAAUAAAGAACCCAGGGCACCACCUAGAACUGCCGAGAAGUACAGGAAUACUACAAAUAGAGAAAAAGGGGUCACUGUAUUUAAAGAUGUUGGAAACAUUGAACCUGUUUCUGAAAGAAGUAUCACCAGUCGCAAGAGAAGAGAGAUACUAGACACUACGGCUCAAAAUAACAUAGAUUUUCAAGAGAUUGAAAUGCAAGAAAAAAUACAAAACAGAACUCCAAAGACAAGUUUUGCUGGCAAAGACAAAAGAGCAACCUUGAUGGAUGCAAAUGAGAAUUUACCCUAUACAGAAUUUGAAGCCUCAGACACGUCACCUCGAAAAAUGUCCACUGAGCUGGUGACGCGAGGAGCUAUUCAGAACAAGCCCAAACAAGAAUACGUAGUCCAAAAUCCGCAGCCGAAAGAACCCGCUGUUAAAAGACAAAAAGAACCUGCAAGAGUCGUAAAACAGCCCUUAGAGACUAGCCCUAAAGCAGCAAAAAAGCUUAAAAAACCAGGACGUAGAAAGAAAGGCUCGGAAAGGCAGGAACAUCCUGUUAUAGUCAACGAGAACGCCGAUAGCUAUCUACCCGAGGAUACAGAUGUGGAUUACUCGUGGAACGAACGGAACUAUGGGAUAGAAGAGUGGAAUGAGACUGGCUAUGAAAAGAUUGUCGUUUUGAAAAGUGCAUAUGAGAAUGGUCGUGUGGAAGAGCGGUAUCUUUAUGAAAAUGCAGUACGAGACUAUCACAGUACUUUCAUCAGCAAGGAUGCGAAGCUACCCCAAGUCGCAGAAAGGGUUGAAUCGUACACACAACGUGGCAUACAGGAAUUCUUUGGAGCAUUGCAGAUAGUCGUUGACUUUGCUGUUAUAUUCAUCGUUGAACUGCUACGGUUUAUUUUCAGACAGUUUGGCAGGAAGCUCAUAGGUGGUACUGUUACGGUAUUCGGAGAUUCCUUUCUAAAGCCUGUUUUAACUGCAGUUUUCAAUAAUGUCGUACAACCGUUGUUUGUUCUUGUGUGGAAUAUGAUGUUCGGCUUUCGUAAACUCUUAGAUCCAGUGUUGGCUAUAACGAAAGAGAUUCUAAGCCAGGUUGCAAUGGUUCUACAAUCAUUCAGGCUAGUGGAAGUGAACAGGUCGCGCGAUAACUCUAUUCAAACUGUUUAGAUGCCAUUUUCCAAAGCAGAUGGAUGUUUGCGUCCAGAGGACAAAUAGCCGAAGACGUCAUCAGUCUCAACAUCUGUAGGGUCACGGCACCAUUAGAGAUAUGUGUAUAUAUCUACUUGAAAUGUAUAGAUAUUUUUAAAGGGAAAUAUGUAGAUCUUAGUAGCCUUUGGGGUGACAGUUUUGCAUAUAAAGCUCUGCCUAAGGUGAGAGAAGCAGGAGGGCAGAUUGCUACAAGCCCUAAGUUUAGGUUGAGAUCUUAGUUUUGAUUUUAAUUAAGUCUAAAUUGUGCUUAACUUGGUGCGUUCUCUAUCUGGCAUUUACUUUUUUAAAGAAACUUAGCAUAUGUUUUUCCGUUUGUCGAAUUUCUGUUUCGCCGUAGUAGCUGCUUGCAACCAAUAAACUUGCAGUGACGGUAACUGGUCAUGCGAAACUUCCAUGAAACCCUGAGGGGUCCUGGCCCUAAUCCAAGCAUUGGUCCUGAUUCUUUGAUUCAUGCCACCUACCCCUUUCCCCAUAUCGACGCUUCAGCCCCAGUGGCUUUUUAGAUGCAAGCUAAGCUCAGUUAUAUCUUGUAGCUAUUAACAAUGUGUUCGGGUACCUUUAAGGUUGUAUACUUUUGUUUGCAAAUACUGAGGUUUUGAAGUAAGUUUUAUGUUCUGGAAAUCAGGUUUGGACCUCCGAUACAUUUUAAAAGCAACUUUAGGCUCUAGAGUAUAUAGAAACUUCAAUCGUUUGUAAAUUGUGCCUUAAAGAUAUUGUAUUUAACUCGGGUAUUAAAAUUUUAUUCGUCACGUUUGUAAAGUGUUAAAAAUGUCACUGUUUUGUCUUUGAACACGCAUUUCAUAUCAAUUGGAUUCUGUUCGUACGCCUUUAAAAGAUAUAUUGCUUUUUUGAACUGACAGUAAUCUAGAAGUUUCAAUCAGACGGGUACUCUGGAAGUUUGAGGAUUAUUAAGAGACCCUUCAGUUGCAAUACAAAGCUAGUCAAACUCUGAAAUUGACUUUCUAAUUUUUAAUUCUUCAAAAACUGAAAAAGAAUUAUUUUGCCAAGAUCCGGAAUUUCUGUAAUUCGGACACAUCAUUAAAAUCAUGCAUCAGUAUCUCCGAAAUUAUUUUAUCGUCGGUUGCGAAUUAAUAUUCAUGUACGCAAAGACCUCUCUUGUAUUUCUUGUGUCGGAGGUUUCUCCUGUCUUACUUUUUUGGGUCUAAAAUCGACUCUUUAGUUACUGUGUGUGUAAACCGGAAAGCAGAGCCCAGCAGAGCUAUCAUUUUUAGCUGAAAAGUUGUUUUAGAUUUACGGAAAUAUCGAAAUCAAGGAAAGUUUUCCAAGAAGGAAGAUGAAUAACCAAGUAGCCUUGAAGAAACUAGCAGAAUUGUCCAUCCUCAGCCAAGGCCUAAUGUUUUAAUGAUCUCAAUUCUAAUGCAUGAUAUUCUUCAGUCGGUUUUAUUGGGGUU